CAAGCGUCGGUCUGACAUAACGUGUUUAGACGUCAACAUGUCGAAGUAUACGUGUCUCGUUGUUUUUUCCUGUUGUCUCGUGUUGUGUGUCGGGCAUAAAGCCGUAUGUGGACCAAAUGAAGAGUUGCAGUGCAUACAGUCGUGCCCCCCUCAAGUGACUUGUGCGAAUCGUCACAUAGCAACGAGCUGUUUAUAUACAGGCGACUCUUGUGAACAUACGUGUGUGUGCAAGGGUAAUCUCAUAAGGAACGAUGCAGGCGAAUGUAUACCUGUAUCUCAGUGUGAAAACUGUGUACUUGCUAAUGAGUUCUUCGAAUGCGGGAGUGCAUGUGACAACGAGUGUGCGACCUUAGCCACUCAGAAUAGAACCCACUGUCCUAUCAAGAACAUUAUGUGCAACCGCCAGUGCUACUGUGAGGAUGGGUACGCGAGGGACAAAGAUGGGUACUGCAUACCGGUAGAAGAAUGCCCUAAAUAAGAAUUUAAAAGAAAAAACUGGAGUACGUCAUCAUUCCCAAAUUCAUCCGAAAGCUCCGAAAGAUCCUGUUGAAGUUUACACUGACUGAAAGAAGAACUGCCCAUCUGACACCUGCCUUCCUCUCGUGACGAAGUUCAAUUAAUUUAAUUCUUAUUUCAAUUAACUACAUGUGUGACAAAAUGAUAAAUACGGAAUAUUGUAGGUAUAUGAACUGCAUUAGAUUGUGAAAGUCAGAGAGUUUUCUUCAUUACGAUAAACAAAUUAAAUACGAUUAAAUAAUAGUAAUCUAA